GAUUGUUCAGCAGUUUACUUUCGACAGUCGUGGUUGAAGUUUCAUCGAUCCCAAAUCAAAACCAAAAUCAAUAUGAAAUACUUUGCUGUUUUCGUGCUGCUCUGCUGCCUUUUGGGAGCUGCUGUGGCCCAACUAAAAAAUCCAAUUUGUGGCGAGGAGCCUCGGUCAAAUGGACCCUGCCGUGGGCGAUUUGAGAAGUACACUUAUCUUCAAGAAAGCAAUGAGUGCGUCCAAUUCUUUUACAACGGCUGCGGGCAAAACAAAAACCAUUUCAAUACCCAGGAGGAAUGCGAGAAGGCCUGCAAAAAUUAGUAGAUCUCUGACUAUUCUACAUUAAAAGUUAAAAUUAAAUUCCCUAUUAACUUGUUGAUAUUUUUUAAAUAAAUAAAUAUUAUUGUACGAAAAUUUA